CCGGAAAACUUGCUUCCGGAACCUUUGUGCUGAAGUGCCUUGCCACCGGCCGGUGCUCAUUCGUAAAGGACCGUCCCAGCCAAGAGCCUGUUGUUAGGAACCUGCUUGGCCUCGAAUCUGAGGGGCUUUAGGUUGGCUGUUGCUGUGACUGAAGCAGGCGCCGGGGAGAGUCCACUGCAAGGAAGGCGCCAUGGACGAUCAGGGCUGCCCCCGGUGUAAGACCACCAAGUACCGGAACCCUUCGUUGAAGCUGAUGGUGAAUGUGUGCGGACACACUCUGUGUGAAAGUUGUGUGGACUUACUCUUUGUGAGAGGAGCUGGAAACUGUCCUGAGUGUGGCACUCCACUUCGAAAGAGCAACUUCAGGGUACAGCUCUUUGAAGAUCCUACUGUUGACAAGGAAGUUGAGAUUCGGAAAAAAGUGCUAAAGAUAUACAAUAAAAGGGAAGAAGACUUUCCUAGUCUAAGAGAAUAUAAUGAUUUCCUGGAAGAAGUGGAAGAAAUUGUUUUCAAUUUGACCAACAAUGUGGAUUUGGACAAUACCAAAAAGAAAAUGGAGAUAUACCAAAAGGAAAACAAAGAUGUCAUUCAGAAAAAUAAGUUAAAGCUGACUCGGGAACAGGAGGAAUUGGAAGAAGCUUUAGAAGUAGAAAGACAGGAAAAUGAACAAAGAAGACUAUUUAUACAAAAAGAAGAACAAAUGCAGCAGAUUCUCAAAAGGAAGAAUAAGCAGGCUUUUUUAGAUGAACUGGAGAGUUCUGAUCUCCCCGUUGCUCUACUUUUGGCUCAGCAUAAAGAUAGAUCUACCCAAUUGGAAAUGCAAAUUGAGAAACCUAAACCUAUAAAACCAGGGACGUUUUCCACAGGCAUCAAAAUGGGUCAGCAUAUUUCAUUAGCACCCAUUCAAAAACUUGAAGAAGCUCUGUAUGAAUACCAACCACUGCAGAUAGAGACAUGUGGACCACAGGUUCCUGAGUUUGAGAUGCUAGGAAGACUUGGGUAUUUAAACCAUGUCAGAGCUGCCUCUCCACAGGACCUUGCUGGAGGCUAUACUUCUUCUCUGGCUUGUCACAGAGCACUACAGGAUGCAUUCAGUGGGCUUUUCUGGCAGCCCAGUUAACCUUUAUUUCUCCCCUAUAAGAUCUGGACCUUGGAGCCGAACCAGAGAGCUAGCAAAAGUAAGGCAGACUUGUAAAAUUAUAGCCAUGUACAGCUGCACAACAACAGUCCUCCACUAGCAGCUGUGUUAAAGUAUUUAUAGAGAGAAAUUUUCAGAACUAAGCUGGAUAAUAUAGUGGAUAAAUAUUUGUGGAAAAGAUUUAUUUUUUACUUAUAUUUUUCUGAGCAGGAUUGAAGCCGUAAGCCUCAUCUGAUGGAAGAUAUGAAUAAUUCACCUAUGUGAGUUUGAGGUUGACAGACUUGUAAAAUCUUUUAAAAAAUAAAGCUAGACUUUAUAUUAA